CGGUAGGAGCCGGGUGAGCUCGACUCCCGAGAUCCGGGCCCCCGACGAGGGUGCGGGAACCUGAAGCGGCUCGCAGGCCCGGGGUUAGAGGGACGGUGCAUGCUUGUCAGAGGGAAGGCACCGGGCGGGAGGCGUAAAGGGAGAGCGGGAGGAUGGAGGGACCGGACCUGUUUCUAUGGGAACGGGCUAAUCGCUAGGGGAGCAGCCCGGCCCGGGGGUCGCGCGGUUGGCUCGCGCCGCCGGUUUGAACCGGCUUCGCCUCUCCCAUGCGGGGUUCGCGUGGCGGUAGCGCCUAGCGACCUAGACACUGGCCAAUGGCGCAGCAGUUCCUUUGCGGUCCCGCCAAUAAAGGCGCCGUGGGCGGGCCGUUCCGGAGCUCCCUGCGCUGAUCUUGUGGUUGAAGGAACAAGCUCUAGGGAAGGGUCUUCAGUGCGGGCGGGCGGGCGGGCGCCUGUCGGUCCCUGGGAGUGGCAGCUCUCAGGUGUGCCUCUGUUCAGGUGCCCGUACGGCAAACUGCUUCCAUUUACGGCCCCCAAACUAGCUAUUCAGUUUUGUUUGGGGCCAGGACCAGCUCCACGUCCUUGAGCAUGCGUUAGUCCCUUCCCAGCUGCCAUGCCUCAGUUUACCUCCGAGUGAACUGAGUGAGAAGCCUCUCCACUCGGCCCGCAGGGCCCCACCGGGCCGAAGGUGUCUGCAGAGCCCGAGCCGGGCCGCCGCCGCCGCCACACCGCACCAUGGCGCCCACCCUGGCCACUGCCCAUCGGCGCCGCUGGUGGAUGGCCUGCACGGCUGUGUUGGAAAACCUCCUCUUCUCGGCAGUCCUCCUGGGAUGGGGCUCGCUGCUCAUCAUGCUCAAGUCGGAGGGCUUUUACUCCUACCUGUGUACGAAGCCAGAGAAUGUCACCAAUGGCACCAUCGGGAGCACGGCAGAGCCAGAUCAUGAGGAGGUGAUCCUGGUGAAUGGCUGGCUCAGCUGCAAAGCCCAAGACGAGAUUCUGAAUUUGGCGUUCACCGUGGGUUCCUUCCUACUCAGUGCCAUCACCCUGCCUCUGGGCAUCAUCAUGGACAAGUAUGGUCCAAGGAAGCUCAGGCUGCUGGGCAGUGCCUGCUUUGCUGUCUCCUGCUUGCUGAUUGCAUAUGGAGCAAGUAGCCCAGACUCCCUCUCUGUGCUCAUCUUCAUCGCCUUGGCUCUGAAUGGCUUUGGGGGGAUGUGCAUGACGUUCACCUCGUUAACACUGCCCAAUAUGUUCGGUGAUCUUCGGUCGACGUUUAUCGCCUUGAUGAUUGGAUCCUACGCCUCCUCAGCAGUUACCUUCCCAGGAAUCAAGCUCAUCUACGAUGCUGGUGCCUCCUUCAUUGUCAUCCUGGUGGUCUGGGCUGGCUGCUCCGGCCUGGUCUUCCUCAACUGUUUCUUCAACUGGCCGCUAGAGCCGUUCCCAGGACCAGAGGACAUGGACUACUCGGUGAAGAUCAAGUUCAGCUGGCUGGGCUUCGACCACAAGAUCACAGGGAAGCAGUUCUACAAGCAGGUGACCACGGUGGGGCGCCGCCUGAGCGUGGGCAGUUCCAUGAGGAGUGCCAAGGAACAGGCUGCGCUGCAGGAGGGCCACAAGCUGUGCCUGUCCACUGUCGACCUGGAGGUGAAGUGCCAGCCCGACGCCGCAGCAGCCCCCUCGUUCAUGCACAGCGUGUUCAGCCCCAUCUUGCUGCUCAGCCUGGUCACCAUGUGCGUCACGCAGCUGCGGCUCAUCUUCUACAUGGGGGCCAUGAACAGCAUCCUUGAGUUCUUGGUCAGCGGUGACCAGAAGACAGUUGCCCUCUACACCUCCAUCUUUGGCGCACUCCAGCUGCUCUGCCUGCUGACAGCUCCUGUCAUCGGCUACAUCAUGGACUGGAGGCUAAAAGAGUGUGAAGAUACUUCCGAGGAGCCCGAGGAGAGAGACGGCGCUCAAGGUGAAAAGAAGCAGAAACGAGACAGGCAGGUCCAGAAAGUUACAAAUGCCAUGCGGGCCUUUGCCUUUACGAAUGUGCUGCUCGUGGGCUUUGGGGUGACCUGCCUCAUUCCUAAUCUGCCUCUACAGAUCUUCUCCUUCGUCCUGCACACAAUUGUGCGAGGAUUCAUUCACUCUGCAGUAGGGGGCCUGUAUGCUGCUGUGUACCCCUCCACACAGUUUGGUAGCCUCACAGGACUCCAGUCUCUGGUCAGCGCGCUCUUUGCUCUCCUGCAGCAGCCGCUGUUUCUGGCCAUGAUGGGUCCUCUCGGAGGAGACCCUCUGUGGGUGAACGUGGGUCUGCUCGUCAUGAGCAUGCUAGGCUUCUGCCUGCCACUUUACCUGAUCUGCUACCGUCGCCAGCUAGAGAGGCAGCUUCAGCAGCGGAGGGAAGACAGCAAACUGUACCUGAAGGUCAAUGGCUCAUCCAACCGGGAGGCUUUCGUGUAGUGCCCACCCACCCACUGCCUCUGAGCUGCGGCCUCCUGCCUGUGCUUCAGUGACUGACUGCUGCCAUCUCCCCGCCCCAGAGGAUCCCGUGUGCUCCCUGGAUCCUGCCCUUCACCGCACCUCAGCAAGCCUUGGCCCUGCCAGUGGAGCGCUGGUGUGGAGGGACAGGACAGGGUCCAAGACAGAUGAGCCUCCCACUGCCAGAAAUGAGGCUGGCCUGGCCUAGCAGUCACCCCAGUGACUCUGGGGUCUUGGAUCUACAUGGGGCCUGUACCCGGAGCCAAGGGGAGCCCCUAGCAAGCAGGCUCCCCCUCACUGAUCUGGAUUCUGCCUCUUGCCAAAGCAGAGGGGUCUGCCAUCCUCUCCCCACACUACCUGUCCCUGCGCUGCAUGCCCACCGACCACGCCUACCUGAGGACAAAGGCCGCACCGUCUGCACUCCCUCUCCUGGCCCCUUACCUCCCCGGGCCGGUCUGUGGCUGCCUGAGGAAGGAAGGACCCGCUUCCUGUUGUUGGUGCUAACCCUUUGUAAUCCCAA